AUGGCUGGCGGUUCUGUCUUUAUUUGGGUUGCCCUCCUCUCCUGUGGCUUCCAAGCAUCUGGCAGCAGGCAUGAUGUGAAAACUGCAGACAAUCACACAAGAAAUCCACAGCUGGACCAUAUCAUUUUUCAGAUACCAUCAGAUAUUGACGAAACAUGCCCUGGUGUGAAGGAACAACUUACGUCCCUUAACAGUCAGGCAACACGCCGCUACAACCAACUAGAUGGGGAAGCAUUUGAGCUGAGGAGCGAGGUCAGACUGCUCAAUCUGAAGCUUGCAACAUGCAGUGCGACAGCCUCAGCUAUUACUAACUCUUAUCAAGACCAGCUGUACAAUAAAAUGAAAAGGCAGCUGCAGACAUAUGAUAGCGAGACAUUUCAGAUUCUGAACUUCAUCACACUCACCAGGGAGGUGAAUGCAUUAAGGAGGAAGAUUGAAACGGCUGCUUCUAAUUCUACUCAAAGUGCUAUUGACACUACAGUACUGCAGAGACAGCUGCAAGAGAAGAUCGAUGAACUCCAGCAUAAGAAGGAGCAGAUUGAGAAAACCCUCUCAAACGCAGCACUCAUUUUUCAGAUCGUCUCACUGCAAAAUCAGAUCUGGGAUUUAGAGCAGGAAGAGUCAAGAAGAGGAGAAAUCAGUCUUCAGCCCAACCAGAGGAUGCAGGCUCUACAAGGACAACUGGACCGGCUCAUCAGUGAGCUGAGGGAAAAAGGAGACCCCAAUUCAGCUUUGCUGGAGCUGAUUUCUGUGCACAGUACGAUUACAGUGACUCAGAGGAUCCUCACUCUCCACAUUGAGAAAUCCAGAACGAAUGCUGCUGAUUACCAAAAGCAAUGGAGGCAAAAGCUUGAACUCCUUAAAAAGAAGAUUAUGCAGUUGAGCCGCGAUGAGCAUAACUCAGAACUUACCCAGGAAAUUUUGGAUCUUCAGUCUGAAGUGGACCGUCUUAGACAGUUGAUGCAAAAUGCCAAAACUGGAACUGAUUCCAGAAUUAAAGAAUUAAGAAUUUUUUUGGAUGAGAAGAAUAAACGGCUGAGAAACCUACAGGUACAGCUGGAGGAGACAGACUUUGCCCAGGCACAAAUGAUCAUGAAGAUUAUCAGCUUAAUGAAAGAGGUGAGAGAGCUACGUGAUCCUGAGCAGCAGACAACAUCAACAGGUCAAGAAACCACCCUGGAGACUUUGCUUCAAGCAAAAGAAAGGGAAUACUCCAAUGCUCUGGCUGAAAUAGACGAGCUGCAGAAGACACUGCGAUUAAAGACUGAAGAAUGCUCUGGACUUGAAGAAAGAUAUCAGCAGGCAAAGACUGAACUUGACAAAAAGAUUGCAGAACUGAACAAAACCGGAGACUCUAAAGAGGCACUGAUCCUGGCCCUGAUAAACCUGAAGAAUGACCUGAAGGCUAUAGAGGCUCUGAUCUCCAACACAGAUGACCCAGACAGGAUCACUGAGCUGAAGGGGCAACUGGAGCAGAAGCAAGACGAAGUGAUUUUUAAGACUGCAGAAAUAGAGAAAGUGUUUGCCAACCCCAGAAUAAUUUUAACAAUCAUUGAGCUGCAGGAUGAUAUACGGGACCUUCAGAAAAAGGCUGCUAAUGAGACCAAUGAUGCUGAUAUAAAAGGGUUGCAAAACAGAUUGGAUGAUCUUCUCCGUCAGAUUGAUGACAAAGAUGACGAAAACACAAAACUGAUGCUGACAAUCAUGGCGCUGCAGAUUCAAGUGGAAUAUUUGCAGAAACAGCUGUCAGAACGCCAUACGUUACAAGCAGCUCAGGUAACCGAGCUCACAACCGAGCUCACAGACAAGAGGAAAGAACUGCAGAAAUAUGUCAGUGAGCUGACUGAGAAGAAUCAGACAAAUGCUGAAUUAAUUCUGACAAUCACUGACCUGCAGAACAAACUCAGAAACCUAGGAAAAGAAAAGGGUGAUGAGGCCCAAACAACUUCUUCUAGAAUUGCUAAGCUGAAGGAACAGCUGAAGGAUAAAGAGGAGGAAUGUGAUCGUGAUCAGGCUGAGAUCGAAGCUCUGCAGAAUAAACUGAACCAGACAGAGGCGCAAUGUUCAAAUUAUGAGCAGAAACUACGAGAGCUGCAGAAGACACUGCGAUUAAAGACUGAAAAAUGCUCUGGACUUGAAGAAAGAUAUCAGCAGGCAAAGACUGAACUUGACAAGAAGAUUGCAGAACUGAACAAAGCUGGAGACUCUAAAGAGGCACUGAUCCUGGCCCUGAUAAACCUGAAGAAUGAUCUGAAGGCUAUAGAGGCUCUGAUCUCCAACACAGAUGACCCAGACAGGAUCACAGAGCUGAAGGGGCAACUGGAGCAGAAGCAAGAUGAAGUGAUUUUUAAGACUGCAGAAAUAGAGAAAGUGUUUGCCAACCCCAGAAUAAUUUUAACAAUCAUUGAGCUGCAGGAUGAUAUACGGGACCUUCAGAAAAAGGCUGCUAAUGAGACCAAUGAUGCUGAUAUAAAAGGGUUGCAAAACAGAUUGGAUGAUCUUCUCAGUCAGAUUGAUGACAAAGAUGACGAAACCACAAAACUGAUGCUGACAAUCAUGGCGCUGCAGAUUCAAGUGGAAUAUUUGCAGAAACAGCUGUCAGAACGCCAUACGUUACAAGCAGCUCAGGUAACCGAGCUCACCACCGAGCUCACAGACAAGAGGAAAGAACUGCAGAAAUAUGUCAGUGAGCUGACUGAGAAGAAUCAGACAAAUGCUGAAUUAAUUCUGACAAUCACUGACCUGCAGAACAAACUCAGAAACCUAGGAAAAGAAAAGGGUGAUGAGGCCCAAACAACUUCUUCUAGAAUUGCUAAGCUGAAGGAACAACUGAAGGAUAAAGAGGAGGAACGUGAUCGUGAUCAGGCUGAGAUCGAAGCACUGCAGAAUAAGCUGAACCAGACAGAGGCGCAAUGUUCAAAUUAUGAGCAGAAACUACGAGAUUUGCAGAAUGACCUGGAUGACAAAAUGAAGGAGCUGGAGUCCAAAUCUAACAGUGUUACUUCACUUGCUCUUCAAAUUUCCACAUUAUCCCUGCAAAUUGAGGAGCUAAAGAACCAACUAGAAAACACUGAAUCCAAAAGCAAGAUAAGAGAGCUUGAAGCAAUUAUAGAGGAGAAAAAUAAGGAGCUGGAAAAAAAGAAAGAGGAGCUGAAGGCAAGAAGUGCUCAACCACGUAGACUUCUAGAGAUUAUUGAGUUACAAACACAGAUUGAGAAACUGUCAAAUGUCGCAGCAAAUGAGUCCGAUUACUUUAAGAUUCAAGCACUCCAAGAUCAUCUGAAUCAUUUGAUUAACGGAAUUCAAGAUGAAAACAACGAGAAUACUAAACUGACAUUUCAGAUCUUGGCUCAGCAAGAUGAAAUAGCAAGACUGAAGAAGCAAGAAAAGAAGCAGAUAGAAGCAGACUUGGAGAAAAUUAAAGAGCUGGAGAACGAGCUGGACGACGUCAGGAAUCAGAUAAAAGAAAAGACAGCGCUGCUGGAAUCAAGUGAUUUGAGGGUUACUAAUCUGUCGACUCAGAUUAUGGAACUCCACAAGAAACUCAAACCACUGGAAGACCAAAUAUCAGACGUAAAAAACACAAACACAGAGAAGCUUGCAGAGAUUCAGAAGAGACUGGAGUUGACAAAGAGGCAACUGCAAGACAGUGAGCGUCAGCUCAAUGAUGCAGACGCGAAGAAUUUUAACUUGUUGAUGGAGAUUGCAGAAUUGAGAGCACAACUGAAAAAGGCUGAGAAAAAGCCACCAAAGGUGGAUGGGAACAAAAUCAAAGAACUGGAGCAACAACUACAAACACAACAAAGAGAGAAGAAGAUACUGGAACGCACAAAUAAUGCUCUGCAGAAUAAACUGAACCAAACAGAGGCACAAUGUUCAAAUUAUGAGCAGGAACUACGAGAGCUGCAGAAGACACUGCGAUUAAAGACUGAAAAAUGCUCUGGACUUGAAGAAAGAUAUCAGCAGGCAAAGACUGAACUUGACAAGAAGAUUGCAGAACUGAACAAAGCUGGAGACUCUAAAGAGGCACUGAAGCUGAAGGAACAGCUGAAGGAUAAAGAGGAGGAACACUCUCGUGAUCAGGCUGAGAUCGAAGCACUGCAGAAUAAGCUGAACCAGACAGAGGCGCAAUGUUCAAAUUAUGAGCAGAAACUACGAGAUUUGCAGAAUGACCUGGAUGACAAAAUGAAGGAGCUGGAGUCCAAAUCUAACAGUGUUACUUCACUUGCUCUUCAAAUUUCCACAUUAUCCCUGCAAAUUGAGGAGCUAAAGAACCAACUAGAAAACACUGAAUCCAAAAGCAAGAUAAGAGAGCUUGAAGCAAUUAUAGAGGAGAAGAAUAAGGAGCUGGAAAAAAAGAAAGAGGAGCUGAAGGCAAGAAGUGCUCAACCACGUAGACUUCUACAGAUUAUUGCGUUACAAACACAGAUUGAGAAACUGUCAAAUGUCGCAGCAAAUGAGUCCGAUUACUUUAAGAUUCAAGCACUCCAAGAUCAUCUGAAUCAUUUGAUUAACGGAAUUCAAGAUGAAAACAACGAGAAUACUAAACUGACAUUUCAGAUCUUGGCUCAGCAAGAUGAAAUAGCAAGACUGAAGAAGCAAGAAAAGAAGCAGAUAGAAGCAGACUUGGAGAAAAUUAAAGAGCUGGAGAACGAGCUGGACGACGUCAGGAAUCAGAUAAAAGAAAAGACAGCGCUGCUGGAAUCAAGUGAUUUGAGGGUUACUAAUCUGUCGACUCAGAUUAUGGAACUCCACAAGAAACUCAAACCACUGGAAGACCAAAUAUCAGACGUAAAAAACACAAACACAGAGAAGCUUGCAGAGAUUCAGAAGAGACUGGAGUUGACAAAGAGGCAACUGCAAGACAGUGAGCGUCAGCUCAAUGAUGCAGACGCGAAGAAUUUUAACUUGUUGAUGGAGAUUGCAGAAUUGAGAGCACAACUGAAAAAGGCUGAGAAAAAGCCACCAAAGGUGGAUGGGAACAAAAUCAAAGAACUGGAGCAACAACUACAAACACAACAAAGAGAGAAGAAGAUACUGGAAAGCACAAAUAAUGACCUAAAGGAAGAUGUCAAAGAACUAAAAAUGUGCUGCAGUGAUGUCAACACCCAGUGUGAAGAUUUACAGAAACAGCUGCAACAGAGCCAGGAGGAUACGGAUCGCCUGCAGCAGCGUUUGAAAGACAAGGAUGCCGAGCUCGCACAGCUUCGAGAAGAGAAGGAUGCAGAGCUCGCACAGCAGAAGGAUGCAGAGCUCGCAAAGCUGCGGCAAGAGAAGGAUGCAGAGCUCGCACAGCUGCGGCAAGAGAAGGAUGCAGAGCUCGCACAGCUGCGGCAAGAGAAGGAUGCAGAGCUCGCACAGCAGAAGGAUGCAGAGCUCGCACAGCUGCGGCAAGAGAAGGAUGCAGAGCUCGCACAGCUGCAGAAGGAGUUAGAAAAACAGGCGAGAGAGAAUAACAAACUGGAGCAGGAAAAUAGCGAUUUACAGAGACAGCUGCGACAGACCGACAGCAAUGCUGAUUGCCUGCUGCAGCUGCAAGACAAGGAUACCAUAAUCACCCAGCUGCAUAAGGAGUUGGAAAACCAGACGAACGAAUAUGACCAACUGCUGCAGGAAAUUUGCGAUUUAAAGAGACAGCUGCGACAGAGCGAUAGCAAUGCUGAUUGCCUGCUGCAGCUGCAAGACAAGGAUACCAUAAUCACCCAGCUGCAGCAGGAGUUGGAAAACCAGGCGAACGAGCAUAACCAACUACAGCUGGAAUAUAGUGAACUGGAAAAUGAGAAGAAAAAACUCUCAGACUCGCUGGAAGAACUUAGAAACCAACUGGAUGAUGUUGAGGAUAAAACUAUCCAUCCCAGGAGUGUGACCUUCGAUCCAGACACAGCACACGCAAGAAUACUUUUGUCAGCAGGUAACACUGAGAUGUCCACUGCUACUCGAGAACAAAAUGUCCCUAACCUUCCGGGCCGGUUUGACGUGGCUCUUGCUGCCCUGGGCUCGCCUGGCUUCUCAUCUGGCAGGCAGUACUGGGAGGUGUCUAUAGCUGGGAGGCUUUGUUUCCAAAUUGGGAUGGCCAGUGAAUCUUCUCCCAGAAAGGGAGCAUUAUCAUUCCAUCCUUCGACCGGUUACUGGACUAUAGUCCUAAACAAGCAGGGCGUCUACAAAGCUUUUGAUAAGAGAGUUGUCACUCUUCGUGUUCGGACACACCCUAUUACAUUCGGUAUUCUGCUUGACUACAAGAAGGGCCAAAUCUCUUUCUAUGAUGCUGGUGCCAGAUCUCAUUUGUACACAUUUACGGGUCAGAGGUUUACAGACAAAAUCUAUCCAUUUGUCCUUUAUUGUGUUGAGGAACAUGAUAAUCGAUCUCCAAUAAGUUUGCUUCCUCCUGCAUCAAUUGACUGGAUAAAUUAGGAAAGGCGACAGGUUAUGUUUGUACUAUCUGUCCAAUCUUAUUCAUGUGACUCAUUUAUGAUGAUCUCAGUAGGCUACAUGAUACAUAAUCUCUGUAACUGUACAAUAUGUCAUACACAGACCUCUGUUAAUUCUGUUUCACACAAUAAAACAACACCUUUAUCGAUAGAGAUUUCUCGGCAUACAUCUUGA